AUGACGCAGGAACUUGGACUUGGAAUGGGGUUCUAUGAAGAUUCCAUCAAUGUGAUCAUGAAAGGAAGGGAGAUUCGGCUAGAGAGGAUCUUGACCAUCUUAACAACCAUCGACUUAUCGCUCAACUCUUUUCAAGGGAACAUCCCGAGUGUCAUUGGAAAUCUUCAUUUUCUCAAAGGGCUCAAUCUUUCCUACAACCACCUCAUGGGUUCCAUUCCUUCAACUCUUGGAAAUUUGACUAACCUUGAAUGGCUAGAUUUAUCUUCAAACAAGCUUAGUGGGAGGGUUCCUAGAGAACUGGGAGAUUUGUCAUUUCUUGGGUGUUUAGACCUCUCAAGGAACCAACUCGUAGGCCCCAUACCUCAAGACAAGCAACUAAGCACAUUCACAAGCGAUUCAUUUCGUGGAAACCCAGGCUUAUGUGGAACUCCAUUACAAAUCACUUGUCGCAGUGAUGCUCAGCCUCCUCCAACUUCACAAUCGUUCUUCCAAGAGGAUAGUACAAGAGUGCAUGGUGGUGGUUUUGAUAGGAAAGUGGUUGGCAUAGGUUAUGCAUCUGGAAUCGUCAUUGGAAUAUCCAUAGCAUAUAUUUUAUGUGAAACUGGAAGACCCAAAUGGCUAGUGAGAGAAGUGAGAAGGAUGGAGAGAAGAGCCAAAUUGAUGAAGAAGCCAAAGUGGAAGGCCAUCAAAUUUCAUGGGGCCCGAUGA